AUGGCUUCCCGCCAUGUCGACGUGAACGAGCGUCGACUUCGGCCUGUUUAUGGUACUGCUUUAUCUUAUUUAUUCUUGAAAAAAUAAUAUCGUUUAGAAGAAUAAUUACUUGACGUAUGUGUAUUGUUUUCUUAGAUGCUUUGGAUAGCAUGAACAAUAAACAGGCCAUCCAACUUGCUGACAAAAUCCUGAAGAAACAGAAAGACUUGCAUUGUGCUAAGGUACCUAUGAUUCUUUAAAUCUAUUUCUUCUGUUGGUAAGAUUUUCGCACAGCCCCAUACAUUUAUCAUACGUACAUAUUUGACUUUAUUCAUAUAAACUGUCUGUGAACUAGUAUGAGAUAGCUGCAUGUAUGGACAUGAGGCUGUGCGGAAACUUUACCUAAAUACCAACCAUGACACAAAUAGCUAAUCACUCAAAUAUAGGUACAAUAUUAAAAUGAAACAAGUAAUAAAACUAGUUACACUCAAAUGGAACAAACAAAGGUAUAUAUAAUUUGUAAAAACAGAAAGACUGUCAGACCAAAAGGAAAUGAAUAUACAACCAAAAACUACCCAGGGAGGGUAGGGCGGGAAAACUAGUAAAUGCUGCUACUUAUGACUGUUUGCUAGCUGAGCUGUCUUGCAAGUGAGUUUAUAAGAUGCUGGGCCCUGAAUUUAUACAAGCGUGCUUGUACUUUUACUGGCAUUGAGUACAAACGCUGAUCGUAAAAACACUGGAUACUUCAUGAGUAAAAUGACUUGAUAUGCCAGAUGGAAUAGUACUCUAUCAAUGUAAAACUUGUACUAAGGUAAGGGCUGUCUUAGUCCCAGUACCCCCAUGUUUCAUAUUUAGAACAGCAUCACAACCCUGAUGCCAUCCAAUAAUCUGAUUUCCAGGCUUUAAAGGGGCUAGCCUUACUACGAUCAGGCAAGAAUGCAGAGAGCGAGGCAUUGAUGGCAGAGGUAAUGGAAGCUAAACCAGCUGAUGACCCCACGUUACAAGCAAUGACAAUCUGCUUCAGGGAGAUGCAAAAACGUAAGAGAUUGCCAAAAAUAAAGGCAGAAAAAUUUUGUUAUGGGCUUGCUUUGCUUUAUAAUCUUUGGCAUAAUUACAGAAGAGGGGCAAAUUUUAAAGAAUAAUAUUAUUUAAAUUGGCUUGGUGGCUUGCCCGUGAAAUAUUACAGACUUGUUGUAAGAGUGUCUUGAGGUGUGCCAGUCUCAACUGAAGUGCCACAACUUUCAGGAGCCAAUGAAUACUGAUCUUUUGAGAUUUCAAAUCAGAAAACAGGGCUCUCAUCAGCUAGAGGAAUUAGACUUGGAUAAAUUCUGUUUUAGAUACAACACUUUCUGCCUGCUUUCAGGGCUCCUGCAUUUAUCACUUUUUAUGCUCAAAAUUCUGCUUGAUCUUUCAGCAUUUUUACCCUAUAAAGUAUUUAAGUUGUACCUGUAGAAUUUGUGCAAGCCUAAUAUUAUUGAAAUGCUUUGAAAAUGUUUUGUUUAAAGUUAAAAUCACCCUGUCAUUUUGAACAUACAAAGAACCUAGGGUUGAGGUAUGUGUAUUGAAAGUUACUGGGAAGUUAUUUAACUAAAGUCCUUUUUUACUGUUUUGUAGCUGAGAUGAUUCCUCAUGUUUAUGAGAUGGCUCUAAAACAGAAUCCACAGAGUGAAGAGCUAUAUUCCCAUCUUUUCAUGGCAUAUGUCAGAAUAGGAGAUUACAAGAAACAGCAGCAGGUACAGACCCUGUACAUCAUCUUAGUAAAAGUAAUAUAGAUGUUGCAGAUAAUUUUUGUUCCUAGUUAAUUUUCAUUUCUUUGUAGUUUAUUUUUAUUUUCCUUUCACCACACCAUUGCACAGUACCAUACACCAUUACCAGGUUAAGUGUGAACCAUAACAUUAAUAAAUCUACAACAAAGGGCCUGUUAACAUGGAGUCGGGGGACCCCAGGUAGGUGAGGUAACCCCCUUAAGUGGGGGUAACCCGCCUCUCCAUAUAAUAGGGAGCUUAAACAUGGAGACAGCUAUGGCUAUGUCCUCGAAAAUGGCAAAACAGCAAUAGGUUUAGAUUGGCAAAACAACAACUCUGCAUGUUCAUCGUGCUUUUUUAUACGUUUCUUUGCCGUCACUGCAUCACUACGACGUGAAAAUGCCUAAUUUCUUGUUUUGCAGAGGACGAGAACGCAAAACGGCGACUUUGUUUUCUUUUCUUGAACUUCGUUACACUCUGGUAGAAUUCAACUCCAGAAAAAAUUGCCAGCUUUGACGAAUUGAACUAGAUGGAUUAAGUGCGAUGAAGUUUGAAGCAGUGCGACUUCACUUUGUGAGUGAUGUUUUUGUAGCCGUCGCUUUUGUUGUUGCUCAAGCUCCCUAAUGUCUCAUAUCGUCACCCUGCGUAACAUGUAAACGUGAUCAAAUUAAAAUGAGAGAUUAUAUGGACAGGCGGGUUACCCCACCUAACUGAGUUACCUCACCUACGUGGGGUCCCCCACCUCCAUGUAAACAGGCCCUAAGGUAGGGUGGCUUUCUUCUUUUGGAUUUUUUUUCCAGGCUGCAAUGAAUCUAUAUAAGCAGUUUUCAAAGAAUCCUUAUUACUUUUGGGCAGUCAUGAGUAUUAUGAUGCAGGUAUGUUUCAUCUUUUUAUACUUUGGCUUCGCAGUAAAUGAAAAAGAAUAAUAAAAAUCCUAACAACAGGACAUGUAGUGUAAAGAGGUGAACACUUGUUUGAAAUCAGCUUGGCAAAUUACCAUAAAGUGUUACUUAUCUCUCCAGUCCCAUAUUUAAGGAUCUGUCCCACAUUGGCAAGUGCUAGUUAGGUCAAUAUUAUAUCAUAACUCUGCAAGGCAUUAUGAAAAAAAUAAUGCUGACAUACCAUGAAUCCUCUAUUAAGCCACCUAUUUUCAGGGGACAAAAGUUAAUACCCCCCUCUCUUUUAAGCCUCCCCCCCCUCCCCUCCCUCUUUUUAUUCUUCACUAACAAAUGUUGGACUGUAUUAAUCAAUCACAACUGUAAAACUUCGUAUGGACUGAUCCGUGAUGGUUUAUUCACCAGCUGGAAGUUUGGAUUUGUUUUUGAUCCUUGGCUACAUGACCUUCAAGGUCUUGUACUUAAGCUUUCCACUUUGUAUUCUAACCAUUCUAUUCAAACCCAGUUUUUACCAGCUCUACCAUUAAGGUCAGGGACCGUGGAAAGUGGCACAAAGUGAGCAGUUGAGUUGUUGCAAUUCAUUUUACCAAAUGUAAUGGCUCAUUGUGCUUUAUUUCAGGGAUUAAUGGCUGCUGAUGAGAAGUUAGGUAAAACUAUGUUCUUUCCUUUGGCUGAAAGAAUGGUUGUCAAGUUUAUCAAUGAAAACAAAGUUGAUGCUGAAGCAGGUACAGUAUAUGUGUCCCGGGGGUACCAUUUUGGAUAGGUGUGCACAAAGUUCGUGAACCCUAACCCUAUUUAAGGACUAAGAAAGCAAUGAUUUUUUACCAAAUGUAAUGACUCAUUCAAGGAAAAAACAAAAUUAUUUAGCAUGAAAAGGAAAAAUUUAUUUCUGCUGAUGACAUUGUUAGGUAAAACUAGAAUUCUUUCCUUUAAAAAAAUGUUCGCUUAAAAAGUAUGGUUUAAGUCAAGUUUAGGACCACCAAUGGUCAAAAACAAAAAGGUCAAAAAAGUUGAUUUAAGGACUGAAACCUCAAAACCAUACCCUAUUCAUGCACAGUACAUGUGCUCCCAUUUUUGGGUAUUAUAAUAAAUUACAUGUAUUAUGGUAAUAGUAAAACCAGAUAUUUCAAUAAACACCAACAACUGAUGAAAUGCUUUGGCCAUUUUGCUUAGAGAAGUCAGCUACUCUUUUAGAAAGCAGAAGCAACUAGUUUGAAUUAUGUCUGAUGUGUUUCUGUAAAGACCGACUGGUUUUAUAUUAUGCUUUAGUUAUAUGAAUGCUGUAAUUCAGUCAAUUUUUCACAAGUUUCAUUGUAGGUUUACAUAGAAUUAGUUGCUUACGUGCAAAAGUAUGCAACUGUUUUAUUGCUUGUAGGAGUUGAUUGUGUGGCUGAUAAAUCAAAACUUGAAUGAAAGUUGCAUUUUCUUGAAUGAAAAACACGCUCUUUUGCAGUCAGUUUAGUCCUAAGAAUACUAGUAAUCAUAUUUUGGGGCUCUGAAAUUUCAAAAUAUUCUGAGGAAGCAAGCCCCCAGAUCCCCCUAGAAAAAAGGGAAAAAUGGCCCCUUGUUGAUACAGUCGGUUACUCUAUUCAAACCUGCUGGCUACUUCAAUUUUAUUGAAACCCCUGUAAGAGUGACAUUUCAGUUGAAUGGUAGGGCUGUAACUGAUCCUAUCUUUGGACUUCUUUUUUUGCAUUUUUAGAGGUUCGACUUUAUUUAAUGAUUUUAGAGAAGCUAGAGCUCUAUGAUAAGGCUCUGGAUGUACUUAGAAAAAGUAAUUUAGCAGGUAGGUGCUAUUAUAUUGACUUACUAAUAUCAAAAGCAUGAUAAACCACCAAGGUGGAUGGCUUAAACCUGCUUUUCCAAAAUGUCUUGCUACAUUAAUUCAACACAGCCAGCAGCCAUUUAAUGGCAAAGAUAAUGCCCAAGUUAUUGUUGAUCUCUAAAUCUAUAGAUUUUCCUUACAAAAUUGUCUGAUGUUGUCACGUUUGAUUAGAAAUACAUGUUUCUUGAAACGUCUUGAAAAAUGUCCUUCUAUUUUAGCAUGCCCAUCUACUACUGCAUUUUCCAUAUCACUAGCCAUGCUCUAUCUUCUUCAGCUACGUUUGCAAAUUUCUGAUUCUGUGAGAAACCUUACCUUGAAAUAGCAUUCUUUUCAAGGGACAGUAUCCGUUGCUCUCAGUAAACAAUUUGUAGAUAUCAAGAGUUAAGAGCUUUUCUUGAAAACAUAUUUAUGAGGCAUCACCAACUUGCAUAACACUUGUUUGGUCUUAUUGUUGUAUUUUAAACAGUUAAAUUAAUUAGUUACAUGGAUGAGAAAGAAGAGAAAGAAGCCUGUUACUUAAUGAAGCUGUGCAGAUGGCAUGAAGCCAACCUGACAUUUAAGAAGCUGAUUUUGAAGAGGUAAAGCAAGUCAACUGGCCUUGCAGACAUUUGUUAAGAUGUACAGCGGCUAAAUCACAGACAAAAAAUAGAAGGCGUUUGACCGAAACAAAUUCCUACUAUUAUGGAUUCUCACUGUAGAUUAAUCGACGCAUGUUCCGCAUAACUCUUAUUACAACAGACACUGAGCAACCUUAAGAUGUGAAUAAAGGAUGGUCAGUUAAGGCUGGGUGCUGGGGAUUUCCCCUGCCACAAGCUGUGAGUGUUUCCCCUGGCUACUGUCAUAAUGAUUUAAAUGAAAAGAGUUCCAAAAAUGUCUUCAAUAUGAUAAGUGGAAAUAAGAUUGACAAAAAGUAAAUAUUAACAUUAAUAAAAUCUCUGACACACAUGAAAAUGUAAGUUUCACGCACUGCAGGUUUAAAAAAAUAUUUUGAAUCUUGCAUGCCAAAGCUUCCCAUUCUAAGAAAUGCCAGUGACCUGCACUGAAAAUAAAGCCAUGAUUAAACUGUAGUCUACCCUGGGUCCCAGAAACUAUUUAGCCUUCGGCCCAAGAUCUUUGUACUUUUGAUGUUUCAUUAUUUUAAAGGAAAACUCAACUUCUAAUGUGGUCGGUUGAAGGGCUUUAGUAGAUCAGAACCACCUGCCAGGGCUCUGGGUCUAGUUUGAGAAAAGUUGAUCCAGGACUAGAACUUUAAUUAGAACUUUAAUCCACGAUGGUAUUAACCUAUGUAGAAUAUCAUAACUGGAUCUCAGAGUAAAGAUUAAACAAUAUCUUAUAAGGUCCGGUGACAUUUUCCUUUGUCAGAAUACUUUGUUUAAAAUUUGGCUUAACCCUGGGCUAAAUGUAAACAAUCUUUUGAGGAACCGGGCCCUGGUGGGUAUGUUAUAGGUCAAAUUUGAUUUGAUUUCCUAGCCCUUGUAAACAAAGGAAAUUGAGGAUCAACAUAGGUUAAAAAGUUUCAACAUGAGAUCAAAAUUUACCUGUAACAGGUACUCUGCUGUGAAUGAUCCCCUAAUUUGCCUUGAGUAUGAGUUGAAUGGUUACUAAACCACGAGCUAAUCUAGCUUCAAUGCUGUGAUACCUAUUUUAUUGAAUCAUUAAUGGACCCCUAUUUGUACUUUUUUCCUUCCACCAGCCCGGAUCAGUGGUCAUACUAUCAGUUGUACUUCACUUCAGCUUUCUCUCUCGUGAAAGAGGAAUGGAAACCAGUGGACGAGUCAGAGUAAGUUUUUUUAGCAUACUUGUAAAAAAAGGAAUCACAACAUAUUCCACAAUUUCAUUGCUAACAUAAUGCUGUACUGAAGAUAAAUAGAUAUUGGUAGAUAAAUGUAAUAUUUGCACAGGUAUCUGUAUGCAAUGUUGUUUUUUAGUGAGUGGUGAUCAAAAUUUGGAUAAAUUACUGUUUCUGUUAUAACUGACAGCUAAAAAUCAUACCUCUGCAAGGAACGAGUAGUUAAAUUGCAAGAUUUGUGAUUAUCCUCACACAUAGACAGUACUAAUGAUUCAACAAAUAAGUUCCCCUUCUUGAAGAUGUUCAGUAAAAAUUGGUAUUGGUUUGACUGAAAUUAAAUGAGCUUUAUAUGUGUACUAUGUCUUUAGCUGCACACCAUAUGCUUCCAAAGGUCUAGUCAUACUCCAGAACUUGAUAACAAUGUGUCAAAUAAUUUAAUUUUAAAAUAGCCUGUAUUGUUAACCAUUUUACCAUUUACUUUUAAUUACCAUAUUAGGGAGAUUCCUGAUCAUACUUUAGAACAUAUCUACAAAUUCAUUGCAUCUCUCAUUGAAAGUGAACAACCAAAGGAGAAGCGGGCUUGUAGAGGGCCAUUUUUAGCACAGCUGGAACUGGGAAAGCUUUGUAAACAACAAUGUAUAUACUCUGACUCUAGACUAAGUAAGUUAUUACAAUAUGUAAUGUACCUGAUCAAUGAUAAUUUAUUGACAAGAUUGUAAAGAGGAAAUGUUACAAUGAACUUCAGUUAUUGCCAGUGGACUCCCUUGAGACUGCUAGUUAUUGCCCUUAUUGGCAAGACUCUAUAAUAGUGGAUCCUUAGGCAACUAUACCUUACUAUGGCUUUUUUCAGCCAUUUGUAUAAAAUGGGUAAUAAUGACAUACUGCCUGGUGUAGCCCUGAGGCUGACUAGCAUCCCAUCCAGGAGGGAGUUGAAAUGCUCUUAGGUACUUCGUGCUUAGCUCAGCUAUUUGGGUCUCAUGGCUUAGAUGCACCUUUUCCUGCCAUAGUGAGGUGCAAGACAAAUUCUUACAAAACAUUUGAUUUAAGUAAACUGCUCAUUGAUUUAACUCUUUAGAUAAGGAAUGCAACACACUGCAGUUGUAAAAUGUUUUUUGUUUUUAUUUUUUAUCUUAAAUAUUGACAGGUUUCCUGACAGUUGCAGUUCCAACAUCUUUAUCAACUAUCGCAAGCGACAGUGUUAACAUGCAUGUAGUGUUCUCAUUGCAAAAUGAUACACAGCUGAAAGUUUCAAAAGGGGUCUGUUCUUCUGUGAUGCAGAAUUAUUGUUGUUUCUAUCUUUCAGAUUCCAAUUCCAUGGUAGAUUUAUUAGUAGAAUAUUUUAAGCGGUUUGGAGACAAAUCCUGUUGUUUUUCCGACCUGUCACCUUAUUUGCACUUGAACCUGGAAGAGCAGUCUGAAAGGAGAAAGGUAAUAAGGAAACUAUUGAGUUGAGGUUUAAGAUUUAGCAAGGGCUGAUCUCUGUUGGAAGACUACAGUUUCUGCUUAGGACAGAAUCAUGAAAUUAAUAAUAAUAAUGGUAGGGAUGUCUGGAAUAAAGCCCCAAGGAACAUUAUUUUUUGAUGCACUGUUAGAUUCUCCUUGAGUGCUUUUACAUUGAAAGGAGAAUUUUAUAUAUGAACUUCAUUCACUUUAAGCUUUAUUCCACACUCCUUGAAUUUAUAAAUUUUCUUGAUUAUAAUGAUUUUUCUAUUUUUCUCACCUGGUUUUUCAAUUUCAUUUUUUGUGAGCAGUUACAAAUAAGUUAAGAUUACCAUAAUAACCCCUCCCCAAGAAAUUUUUUGUUAUGAUACACCCUAGUAUUGUGGGCAAGACUUUUGGCCAGUUCUUAAUCUGUUUAACUUUGGCUGCAUUGGAAUUGUAAAUUGUAUGGAACCCAAGAGAGGUAAAAAAAAGUAAAGGCACUCUCCAACCGAAGGCCCAAACGGUCUGAGCUUAUCUCGGUUUCUUUUGCAUGAAACAUGCCUAGAAGUAUUGCUACUCCCACCUGGAUGGGAUGCUAAUCCAUCGCAGGAUUACUCCCCAGCAGUAUGUUAGCGGUACCCCUUUAUACAUCUGGGUGAAGAGAGACAAAGUGGAGUAAAGUUCCUUGUCUAAGAAAACAAGGCAAUGGGCAAGGCUUGAACCCUGAACCUCCAGAUCUGGAGUUCGAGGUGUUAACCGCCUGGCCACACACGCCUCCAAGAAAGAAGAGGUCCAAUUUUGCUGAAGUUCUUGAGUGUACCUUUUGUUGUCAUUGCCUUCUCAUGGCUUAUAGUAAUAUUAAUGGUAUAAGAAUGGCUGUGUAUUUUUGGUAUUUUGUUGUUAGCAACUCAGUAUUUUUUCAUAUAAAAUUUUUAACUGUUUUGUCAUGACAUUUUGAUCUCUUUUCUUAGUUUAUUGAAGUGUUAAAAUCAACUCUACCAUCUGUUUGCGAUGAAGAUUCAGAUUCAUCUCAAGUAUGUGCUAUUUUUUACACCAUAAAAUUAAUCUUAACAUCCCAACAUGCCAGUCUUUUACCACACUGGGUGAUCAACCUUUAAAUAUGGCUGCCCCUAAUUGUGGAACGAUCUCUUCUUUGUAUUAUAAAUAUAUCUUCAGUAAAAUAGUUUUAAAAGGCUCUAAAAAACACAUUUUGUUCCAGUAGGCAUUUCCUCGCAAAAAAAUAUUGAUUAUUAUUAGUUUUGUAAACUGUUAGUAAGAUUUAUAAAUAGGAUUAUAAGAAAUAAUGAAUUAGUCAGUGUUCUUAGAAUUUUUAGAAUUAGGAUGUGUACUAGGGAUGUAUUUUAUUUUAUAUCAACAUAGAAUAUUUCUGUGAAAGGUUUGAACCCUGUCAACAACAACAGUCCUAUUCAGGACUACGUUCACCCGGACGAUCAAACUCAACCUACUAUAGAAUAUUUCUAUUAAAUAGGAUUUGUUAGUAGGAUUUUGAGAAUAAUCUGGUAACUGUUAUUUACUUAGCUUGUUGUUAUUGCUAUCAGUGUUUUUAACCCAUUUGCCCCUGAACCGCCCGUAACCGCCUGUGUGGAUCCAGGUCCUUUCUACCCUUUGUGACGUCAUUAGUUUCAAUGGUCAAGACCAACUUUGUCCGCUAACUUGUGCAGAGUGAAGAGAUCUUUCAAACCAUACCAGAAUGAGCACAAUGCAGUCAAGGACACCGGAGAAAGAGGCAAAAAACCAUGUAACAUUGACCUGAAAAUCUCCAUGAAAAUCUUGUUUCAUUGCUCACCUACCUUUCCUUUCACCUAAUCCUAAGAUCCUAAAAGCUUUCCUAAAAACUAUUCCCACCAAAAUGAAGCCUACUAAAUGCCCAGCAAGAGAAAAAAAUUGAGGCAAGAAAACCGAAAAAAGAGGGGAGGAGAGAAAGCGAAAGUAAAAGUCAAGACUGCUGUGUCACUUUUAGAGCAGUUUUCACUUGACUGUCGAAAGGGAUUGGUUUUGGUUUUGGUUUUACUACGCCCUUUGGUUGGCUAGUGUAUUUACUUUGGUUUUGGUUUUACGACAGUCAAGUGAAAACCGCUCUAAACCCAAAAACUAUCUCGAAAUUUUGCUUUCUGCGCAUGCCCAAACUUCGCAAGCUGAUAUUUUGCAUCUGGAUCAGAAGGCCGUGAAGUGUACAACCUGUAAACCAGUUUGUGGUAAGUUUUAGCUCUUUAUAGCACAACAGUGACCAGAAAACCACUCCACUAGCUUCAAAACGCGUUUUUCGGCAAAAUCUCCAGGAGCGAAUGGGUUAAAAUAGUAGAAUUAGAAUUUGUACUAGAAAUGUAUGUAAUGUGCAAAUGAAAAUUUUUUAUUGAUAUUUGUGCAAUACAAGUCAGUAAAAUGUUAUUAUUAUAUUAUUAAUGGGACUUUUACUCAAAAUCGAGACAAAAUGUUUUCAUUUCAGCCUCUUCUUAGUCAGCAGAUUUCAUGGUUUACCAAGCAUUUAUUUUUGGGUUAUUCAUGAUAAAGUUUUUGUAACACUCUAUGGAUUGUACAGAUGAACCUCUGAUAAUGCGACCAAUCUGCAUAUUGAUACAAGUAUACAUAUUUUAAUCUUCAGAUUUGCUCUUACAACACUUAAUUUCUAACUAUUUUUAAUUCUUUUUCUCAUCUGAGUUGUUGUUUUUGACAGAUUAAACUUAUGCACAGGAGGCUCACAAUUGAGCAAUUUUCCAGACAUUUAGGAUUUCAUUGUUCCCUUUCCUCUGAUGAAAAGAUUGCCCUUUCAAAGGAAUACAUGAAGCAACACAAAGAUGGUUUAGUUUAUGGUGGGUGCAAAUGAAUAUUGAAGCAAAUUGAAUAGCUGCAAAGUAUAGACUGGGUAAUUUAAAUAACAUAAUGCUAUAUAUAUUAAUAAUGUAAUUAUACCACAUGCAUUGUGACAACAGCUUGUUAAGCAGUCUGGUAUUUUUAGUUUUUUUAAAGUGGUAAGCAAAAAGAAGAACAUCUUUUCUACUAUUAGCAAAGAAUACUUUCUUUGGCUCAAAACACUGGCAGUGGCUAGCAGCAGAUAAGUUGCAUGCCAGCUUUCUCUAACCAGGGAUCUGCAUUAUUUGAUUGCAGGUAAAGAUCUGUUGCCUACAGAACUCCAGUACAGUGAUGGGUUUGCACAGCUUGCCGUGCAUCUAAUGUUAGAUGUAAAUGAUGAGAAAGGUAUUCACUCUAUGGAAAGUGUUGGUAAUUUUGACAGUAUGCUUGAGAUUGGGUCAAAGUUUUGUUAGAAUUUCACUAUGAGAUCGUUGUGGGGGAUUGAUUUUGACCCAGUUUCCUAUGCAAUUUUGUAAUAGCCUAUUUAUAGAAGAAAAACAUCCCCAAGACACUCCCAUCGGGCAGUUUGGUGCAACACUGGCCCAGUUUCACCUGCAACCUCAAAAUUGGUAAUGCCAGCCUGGGUGUAAUUGUAAUUGUAAUUGUAAUUAUCUUAUUAUCCACUCCCCUCAGGGCUUUUCAGGGAUAAUUUACAACACUGGUUGGGGGACUUUGCCAGACUGCUUAAGAUGCAGUUUACAAGUACUGAAGGAAUGAGUGAUGAUGCCCCCAUAUAUGAGUGUGAAAGUGAGAUAGACCACUACACCGGGCACUACGUGCCCUACUCUUUCUGAAAGAGUGUGUGGGUUCUUUAACGUCCCACAGAUUUAUUACAUGUGCAAGGGCUUGUGAGACGGGGCCUACGGUUUAUCGUCCUUAUCCGAGAAGACUAGAAAGUAUAACCAUUUGCAGAAGUUAUUACAAAGGCAGCACUUGCUCCUCAGUUAUUUAAAGACCCUGAGUGUUGGUCCGGCCGGGGCUUGAACCUAAGGCCUCCUGCUCAGCAGACCGGCGCUCUCCCAACUGAGCUAACCGGGCGGCGGUGUUAGCUGAAAAGUUGUUUAGACUUAUGCUAAAUCCAUUCAGCCUAUGAAGACCAAGACAUUUACUUGCGGUACUUGCCAUUUACAUUGGAAAACAAAAAUUCCAGUUGGAAAAUCACAUGGUUCAUGCCACUGCUUGCUAUGACUUUUGUGAUUUGAGGCAAUGUAUGUUUUCUACCCUUUUUAAUCUUUCUCAGCUGAUUUUAAUGGGUCGUUCUUCCACAAUCACGAUUUGAUAGUUAAAUGGGUAUGCACAGAAGCAUAUAACUCUGUUCCGAUACUGGGGUUUUUGGAGAACCAAUCAAAAUAUACUUCCCGAUAUGGAAUUACUGAUAUGUGAGAUGGUCGCACUAGUGUUAGUGUUAUGUGGUGAGCUGGACCAUUUACAAAAUUCAUAUAUGACAUGCAUCGUGCAUACUGCCAGGAUCAUCAAUGAAAUCGAUAUCCUAGCAGUAUGCAGGAGGCAUGUCAUACAUCAACCUUGUAUACAGCCCAGCUCGUCACGAAUCCUUGGUAGCUCAAUGGUUAGAGCAUCCAACCGGUGUACGGAAGGUCAUAGGUUCAAUUCCUGUUGGAGACUCAGAUUUUUUCUUUGUCCCAUGCUCGUGACAUGUUGAUCACGCCAUUUCUCAUUAUUGCAUGUCAUUAUGCUUUGUACAAAGAGACAAAAACACUGCUAUAGCUCCCCCACACUCCCCUGCUCCACUAUGCUCCCCUAAUUUGUGUCUUAUUUAUGUGUUCCUAGGCCCAAAAAGUUAUUUCUUUCAACUCAACACUGUUUUUGUUUUCAGGAAGCUCGGAAAUGAACUGGCAUCUUCUUAUCAUGCUGGAGAGUGCACUAAAAGCUAGUCCUUCUAAUCACCAUCUCAAGUUAUUAUUAAUGAGGGUUUAUUGUUCAAUGGGUGAGUAAAGAAACAAAGAUUAUAGGUAGUUAUAGUGUCCAGAGUGGUGACAAAAUAUGACUCCAUACAUGCACUUUAAGGGGACAGACCAUGCAUUAUAAAGGUUGUGUUAUGAAGAACAAGUUGGGGUGGUAUCAUUUAGUAACUUUAGCGUGCAAAGAAAGUGAUGUCCAAAAGCCCGGGGCUAGUGGAUUUUGCUAUUGGGCUAGUGAAUUCUGUUUUUAACUUGCCCAAUGGGCAAGUGAUCUUUUUUGAGGAAUUUGAAUAACAGAAGAACUGUGAGAUCAAUUCUGCUCUUCAAAAAGCUUUUGGGACUAGUUGAAAUGACGUCUGGGCUAGUAAAUGUUAGCUUCAGCUUGCCUAAAUGGCAAGCUGUAAAAAUGAUUUUCUUUGCACCCUGAACUUUGAGACAAGGAUAACAGUGAAUAUUAUUCAUUCAAAAUAUCUCGCCAUUUCUAAUUGGCUCCAAUCCCGCGGCUAAUUCUUCAUAACCAACUGGCACUGACCAAUUUCAGAAGAUGAGAGCAAUAUAUACAUCACUCUCAUUGCCAUUUAACCCUUUAAGUCCCGAUAGUGGCCAACAUCAAUUUUCUCCUAACAAUAUCCAUAUGUUACCAAGCGAAAUGGUUAUGAGAGUUAAUAAAAUGAUCACCUAAGAGAAAAUGCCUUGAUCUUCUACCAAAUUCUCUCAACUUAUUCCUUAAGGAAAUGUAUAGAGACCAGUUUGAAGAAUUUGUAUGUGGAUAAUGGGGCUUAAAAGGUUAAUUUGACCAGAAUAAAGUUGACUGUGAUUAGGGUAGCUGCCUUGUGUUGGCUACAAGCUUUUCCUUUUUGUUCAUGUAGGAAUGUGCUAGUUUAGCCUCCCCUUGCACAACAACUACACAGUCAUGCACAACUCUUUCCAAUGAGGAGUCAAAUCCAACUCUGAUCUCAUAGUAGUGAGGAGAAACAGAGCUUUACUGAGGAAAGGUUUCAAAAGAGAUGUAAUUUAUCUUUCCACGCUCCCAAUGCUAUUGUCCCUUAUCUACUUAUUUUUUGCUAACUAAGUCUUUUAUGUUUGUCAGGCGCUUUUGGUCCUUGUUUAGUGCUUUUUGAUGGAUUGGAGAUCAAACACAUUGAACAAGAUAUUCUUGGGUAGGCAAAGAGAAAAGUACUGUUAUGUACCACAAGAAUCUGAACCAAGAGACAAGCUAUCAUUAUCAAUAAAAAAAUGAAUUAAAAAAGAGACAAGCUAUCAUUGUUUUUAGCUCCCCCCUUCACUUCUCUUUAAAUCUAAAAGAACAGAAGUUGGUUUUGGCCCUUUAAAAACCUACCUGUCAAUACCUCAUCAGUUCCAAAACAAUUUUUUGAAGGAAAGGAACCUAUUGCAUUUGUUUUUGUUUGUUUUCUUUCAGGUACACUGUGACGCGGUAUGUUGAAGCUCUUGGUCACUUUGAGGCAGCUUCAUCCAUGUACUUAAACACAUUAAAAUUCUUUUAUGGAAAUCAGAAGAGUGUGAGUCACUGCUUGUGUUAGUGAUAAAUGAAAUAACUUGCUUUAUGUGUGAUCACAAGCAUUUAUGGUAGGACAAACUGUAGAAACAUACACAUGUUAACAAGGAAAAACUUAGCCUGCCCCGCAGACAUAAUUUAACCUUGGUUAGUAUUGUUUGUGAUGUAGCACUGAGAUCAAUGUUCUGUGCCCCUAAUGGACUCAACAAAUUAAUGGAAGUGCAUUUUGAAUUUCCUUUCAUACUGAUUGGCAAAUUGACGGUGGCUUUUUUAACAAGCCAGUCAUGGUAUGUGCUCAAAUCCUGGUACACAGGUGGGGACCCAGAGCAAGGAUUUUGUUGCUGUUUUGCAGACAGCUUAUGCAGACUUAAGUUUCGUCUUUGUCAUAGGCUAGGAAAAAAUUGAGGAAAAGGAAAAACGUUUUUCUCUGCACCAGUAAAAAAUGACUGCAAGAAAAUGUAUUGUUCUUCUUUUUGUCGUCAUACAAGCCAGUUCAGUGGUAGUUUAUGGUUUCGUCUGCAAUAAUUAAAUAUAUGUGUCAAGAACGUUUAAAAGUAAUCAAUUUUGGUAAAAGUAGAGCAUUAAUGGUUAUUUUGUGCAAAUUGUUUUUAGACACCAGAACAUAUCAUUGCUGCAUACAAGUAUGGGUCAUUUGAAAAGGUCAGAAAACAGUGCAGUCACAAAAUAUGAAGGAAAUAAUUUUUUAUUACCCUGAUGCCAGGAUUUGAACUCCAGUGAGCACCCUUGUCUUAAAAUGCCUGGAGUUAAUUAUUGGCCUAUUUAAUGUAAUGUGAUACAUGAUCACUCAAAAAUAACAUUACCCUGGAUUUUGAGGUUGUUGGUUAAUUAAGUGAUCUGAUUUGACAAAGUGAAAGUCUAAAGGGUUCAGUUUAAGAAAAACUAGGAAACCAAGUUAACAACCAAGUUCUACUGGAAUCUAUUUAUAGCCAGUGGUUUGUUGCCUGUGUCCUGCUUUUUUGAUGAACAAAUAACUUAAAAGAGACAAAAUAGCCUACACCUAACAGUUAGCAUAAUUAUAAUACAUAAAUGUAUUAUUUAAGAAACUGGUAAUAAUCAGAGGUUAGGGAUUACAGGUUAGUUCAGGCUGAUUGAAGGUUAUAAAAGCUUUUGCUUCAAUGCUGGUGCUUUGCAUAAGUUUUUACCUGAUAGAAGGUCAAAACGGGGGCGAUCAGACUACAAAAAAUAGUGUUAGAAGGUAAAAACACAUGAUCAGAUUGUGUUCUAUGGAUUCCAUUCAUUCUUGGUGGAAGUCCAAGCAAAUGCUGGCUACAUAUGUGUCAAACAGUGUAGAAGCAACCUUCAGAUUAGGAUUGUGGGCUCUUGUUGGUGCUGACAAUAAUAUUCCUUUCCAGUGAUGAGCCAAAUCCAACUCCUAGGUGUACACUGUACUUUACAGUUGAGGAGGAACAGAGCUUUACUGAGGAAAGGCCUUUCAUUGCGAGACUAGAAAUAGUCCCUUGGGUUUGUAGCACUGAAAAGCAAAUCAGGAAUGGGUAGAAGUGAUAGGAAACUGAGAAGGAGACCCCUCCCCAAGUUCACCCCAUGGCUCAGUUCAGUCUUGCCAAUCCUACACUUUACUCUGACAAUGGAAAGAAACUUAGUAUAGCCUGUUUUAUUAGCAGCCUGCAAAUAUUUCUGUCCAUGAGAUCACUUUUGAAUUAUUGCUUUUAGAUUCUAACUUUUACUUGCUCCCAAACCCUUUUUAACAUAAUGACUUAGUGUUCAAUAAUUUUCAUUUUCAUUUCAUGGUUCAUUUAGUACACUACUAUUGAAACAUUUUUGAUAUUGUUUUAGCAAGGAUAAUGUUUCAAAGCAAUAUUAUUAUUUAUUUUAGUCUUGUUGACAGGACAUUUGUCUGAAAUGCCCAUUUUAAUGUUAUGAUAUAUACUCUUUCAAACAGAUUCCUGAAUUUAUUGAGCUCAAGAAGAGGCUUGAUUGCUCUCUACAUUUUGCCAGUGUCAAUUAUGAAAACAUGGUGUUAGAUGCUUUUCUCAAGGCAAACAGGUGGGGUCAUUCUGUAACACAUUUCUUUUUCUUUAUUUUAUUUUAUUUGCCACACAAUAAUAGAAAAUGAAUGACAAAUAAUAUAGGAAAAGUAGAGAAAAAAAAGUGGCGAGGAGACCUAACAGAAACUAUAGCAGCUUAUGAGAGGUUGGGCCUCCUCAAACUAUGGGUUAGAGCUGUACAUCAAUUGAAGAAAACAUGGUGAAAAGUUGAAGAUGGAAAGAUUUAUGAACUGUUUUCGUAUUUACUUAAUAAUUUAAUCUUCAUCAUUUUCUCAAAGGAGGAAAGGGAUUGAGAGUUGUUGACCACAUUGUCAAGUGAAUUAAAAAACUUACGCACAUAUCAUCCAGUAAAUCCAGUAUCAUGUGGUAGAAUGACUUUCUCGUAGUGCACCACAGCGACUCUUUCACAGGGAACCCAGGGUCCCAACAGACUCCUCAAAGCCCAAUUUGUAAAGAUUUGUAUGGGAAUUUAUUGUGAGUUCAAUAAAACAAUAAAAAUACACAUAAAUAACUCCUUCUCAAGAGUCAUCUGAUGUGAAAGUUAUAAUUUUGCUGUAUCCUCCUGUUUUUCUAUUAAACAUUAAACAUUUGUCUUCAUUUGUUAGUCUUGCAGAUGCUCAAAGUCAUUUUACUGAGAGUAACCUCCUGGACAAGUGCACUGUAGCUAGUAAUAUAUUGUUUUAACUGUUUUAUAUUCAAUUUAACCCUUAAUUCCUUUGCUGUGUUAAGUAUUAGGUUCUGCUGUACCUAAUUGCUUUUAAUCCUUUAUAAAUCCAGAAGACUGGAUGAUGGAUCUGAGGGACAACAGAGAUCUGAGAAUACUUGAGACAUGGGAUCUUCCAGAGAGGUGUGCCAUAUUUGGUUGUUUAAAGAAAUAAGUGUAUGCCUGAUUGAGUCAAUAAAACGUGUGUGACUAGAUGCAAAAUAAGUAUUCUAUUACCUCCGUUUUUGCUCUUAUUGUGAAGCUAAUAGUCAAAAUCACUGCAAUUUUCUUUUUAAACAACUUGCUGCUGUUGAAAUUCAUCACCAAAAGUGUUUCUUGACCAUUAAAAAGGCCACUAAACAAUGUUUGUAGUAGUUUUGUUUACUCAUGGCUUUGUUGCAAGGUAACUGCAGACAACAUCAGUUAUAUAGAAAUAUAGCCAACUCGAGUUUCUUCCUCGCUAAUAUGAAUGUUAACUGCAUUAAACUGCAUGAUUUUACAGGGCAUCGGCAAGGUUGUGUGCUAGUUCUUAUUGCUAACCAGAACAGAUUUUAAUCUCAAAACAUUGAAAACUGACAAAAAGUCCUUUCUACAUGUUUCAUUUUUUUGUUGAUAGAGAACCCUGUUAAGGUGAAAUCAGUGGUUGGUCCAAUAGUAAAAUAGGUUUAGUUUGUGGAUUAAUAUCCUGGCAUAUUUGCAAAAUAGAGUUGAUGUUACAAUCCUAGCAUAUUAUUUAUUUUAUGCUUCUUUCACAGGCAGCUUACAAAGGACCAGGAGCUGAGGUGUAUGGAGCAAGAGGUGAGGUUUAAAAAAUAACGUGAGUAUGAAAGUACAAUUAGAGGACUUCUCAUGAAAUGUUGCUGAUAUUUUUGACAAAGGUCUAUCCAGAUGAGUUGACAGGGAAAGUAUGCCUACCAGAAUCGUUAAGUGUUUAUCAUUCAGCUUAUAUAUUUCUUUAUUUCCUGACACUGUGAUCCUUCUGUUCAAAUAAUAAAAAUAAAUUAUUUUUCAUCUACAAACCAUUUCUUGAUUGCCAAAGUAUCAUUAAAUGACUGACUGCUGUGAUACCUUCAUUCCAGGUUCUGUGGUUAAGACUCAGACUCCUUGUCCUGAGGGGCCUGGCACUCGCUGUUUCCUUAGUUCCCAAGCCUCCACAGAAUAUGCAAGCCAUGAACAAUGGUACAGCUGAACCUGUGUUCCCUUUGGAACAAGUCAUCACUGAACUAACAGAGGUUUUACGAGAGAUUGACAAACAUCCAGGCACAAGAGAAAAGGUAUCGCGGGUUAUAGGAGUGAAAUAGUCAAGCAUCCUGUAUAAAGUUAUGCAAGAGCGUUCAUGACCCAGUGAAAAUUGAAAAUCAUGUUUUAGAAUCUGGUGAAAACGAGACUGUCAGAAUUGGAAGCCAAAGAAUAAACCAAACAUAGUGCUUGUUCCCACAUGCCAUGACUGUUUUAAUUACUAUACUUAUAGUGAAAACCAGCCUUAAACAGAGGCCUCUAUUAGGUAAACUAGAGGUAAUCCCACAUAAAAAAGGAUGCUUAGUGACUCUAUAAGACACACCUAUCUAAGGUUGAUGAUUAGUGCUGGUCCCAACAUUGUCUAUCUUUGAGACAGUUGUUCAUAUGCGUUAAAUUUGCACAACUCAUUAUUGCAUGAUGCAGAGUGCCUACAUUAAUGGCAAGAGACACCUAGGGACUUUUUCUGACCAAUUAUAAUUCGUGUUAUCCCUUAGCAGAAGUAGCACUCCUUGUAAUAACAGUUUCCCAAAUUUAAAGUCGAUUUUUAAUGACCAAAGUUAAUAAACCAUCUUGUGUUUGUAUAGCUUCCUCUGCUUGGUCCUCCAUGUUCAAGACUAGCAAGGUUUAUUGAUGGACAUCAUGGAACGGUAAUGGUUGCCAUGUUAAGGGUGUGUCAUGAGGCCCAUCAUCUUCAUUAUGGGGCACAAGGUAUGACUCUGUUUCUCUUAAAAUGGGUGUAUCUUGGUGUUGCAGAAGCCAUUGUUGGUUCGCUUUUGUGUUGUGGUGGGGGCAUUUUGUUCAGUGUCUUUUUAAUCAUUUGUAUUAUGUCAUUUUGUGAUUACACCCAUCCGCAACACCAAGCAACCACCUUUAAAAUAGUAACCCAUUUUCAAGUGUCAUAAAUUUUGGAUUUCCAGCUUGUGCUUUCGACCAGCGUCUCUCAGUUUUUGCCGCCUUUGGUGCCAUUGCUUGCCUGUCGUAGUUAAGUUACAAGAUGACUUGCCUGGACCCUUUUCCAUCGGGCAAGUGACCUUAAAAAGUUACUUGCGGAGCAAGAUAGACAGUUUACUUGUCCUGGACUGGACAAGACUUUUUUAAGCCCUCAUAUUGCUGAAAAUGACGUGGCCACAGGAUAACGCUAUCCAUUUCAUAUACUUCAACAAGUGAAAUCCCUAACCUUUCAUACACCUGAAGCCUGAAAAAGGUACCGCUUUUGGGUGGAGCCUCCCUGUAUAGGCCAUUAUAGGAAGUACCCCGCCCCAAGGAUAGUAACCAAUAUUAUUGAAAAGACUGUAUGCAAAGCAGAAAAUUCCAAUGAUGUUUUCAAUCCAUCUCCUAUGUUAUUAGUGAGGAAAAACAAACAUAUUACUGAGGAAGGUGACUGCUUUGAAUAAAACAGUAGGCUUUGAAUGUGGCUUGUCUAGUAAUGAUUUCCCUGUAAUGUACUUCGUAAGGGGGCUACUUUCUAAAGAAUCUGUCAGUGACUUUUCAUUGUUAAAUUCAUCCUGGUUUAGAGAUUAAAAGGCUGCUCUCAAAGCAAAAGGUACAAGCAGCAGCAUUGAUAAUAAUGCUCAUUCAUGUUGCAAAGAUCAUUAUUUUAAAUAAGUUUAAAAUUUAGAAGUAGUGUCUUAUAGAAUUUUACUUAUUACCUUAAUUAAUGCAUUACACAUAAUUAUUCUAGUGAACUCACUGUUUAGACUUUUAGUUUCAUUUUGAUUCUUACUGGCCACACCAACAGAUUCCAAUGCAAAGGAUCACUGGAAUAACAUUCAAGAAAAUUUAGAGGAGGUGUCAAGAAUUCUGAAAGGUUUGUACAGUCAAACCUUUCCCAGUGGACUGCUUCUCUCUAUUACAAUAGAGUCUGAAAUCUCCCGGAUAAUCACCAAAGUUUGCCAUUUCUUGUAGACUUGACUCUCUGACAAUGAAAUAUUAUUUCACAUAUUUUGCGUUGUUUGAGCUAUUUUACUGACAUUAAACGUUUCCUUAUAAACUUCAGUAUACCAUUGAAAUAAAAUAAGCAAUAGCAUGAUUGGUGGUAAGUAAACCAAUCAGGUCAAAUGUUGCAAUUCCAACAACAUCUUUUCAUUUCAGAAUGUGACAAACUGUCAUUAUGACAACAUAAACCCAUUCUCAAUAUUUGGAGACUUGAAAAAUUGACAGCUGUGAAUUCUGCUCUAAAAUGUAGAUGUGUUCAAACCUCUUCUAAUAAAAAUAUUGUCUGUGGAAAUUGCAUCUCAUGAAUUCUGUUCUAAAAUGUAGAUGUGUUCAAACCUCUUCCAGGAAGAAACCCUCUGGGGAUCAAUUCUUGCAACUGACCACCUCUUGUAACCAACGACUAAAUCUUCACAUUUUGGGUGGCAACUUACGGGAUGUUCCACUGAACUUUCUUCUGUGUCUUUCCAAUGAUGUUUUCAAUCCAUCCCCAAUUUAUUUCAUGAGGAAAUCUUUAUUUGCUGAGGAACGGUCACUGAAAGUAUUUAACAGUAACUGUUCUUUCAAAGCCCCCCACCACUUAUAAUGCAACAAUAGUAAAGUAUACUGGAACCAAGAGGGGAAGAUCAAGUGAUUCCUGUGUUCUUAUUGGCUAAUUGAGCCAGCAAGGUUAGCCUAUUUUGCCCCCACAGGAUUUUCCACUUGGUUACAAAAAAAAUUUUUUUGUCAACAUAAAUCCUAUAUUAACCAAGUUUAUUCGGUCAAGAUGGCCGGAUUAUGCAUAUUUAUUGUACUCCAUUUAGUCAUGUUAACCAGUUCUUUUAAUUCUUGAACCAAGUUUCAAAUCAACCACCAAAUGGUCUUUGUUCUGGAUUUCUAUUUCAGACUCCACUGCAAAAUGUUCAGCUAUGCUCACAAUAGGCAGUGAGGGGAAGACAAUGUUCAAUGGAUAUGUGUUGGAACCUUUGGUCCUUCUAGUAGAGGUAAAAUAAUACUGUUUGUAAAAGCAAGGUGGUCGUAUUAAUGGGUUCUUAAAAUUGAUAAAAAUAAAGAAUCAGAGUUUUAAACGUUUGGAUCAAAAGAAAAUGGACAUAAUAACGAGAUGGUGCCAUAAAUGGGGUGGGCUUAAGGCAAACUUUCACUGUAUAACUGGGUACCAGCAACUUCUUGUGGGCUACACUGCAAUUAACUAGUGUCAAUGAAAAAUUAGGGGAGCGCUUCGUGCUGGUGAAACAGAGAUAAGCUUUGACCAUGUGGCCUUGUUGGUCUGAAGUUUACUUAUUUAUUUAUUUAUUUUUUAUCGAACAGUUCAUUUUGGGUAUUGAUUUACUCCUCCUUAGACUAAGGGUCUGUUCAAUUGAUCGUAUCCAGAAUAGGAAUACCCAAUAGUAUUGUUGCAAAUCUCUUGUGUGGUAAUAUUUGGUUGACUUCAUUCCAUUCAUUCUUAUUCCAGAAUACAGUCAGUUGAACACUCCGUAAGUCUUGGCAGCUUUCUAUAGCAGUUGCAUGAUGUCCUAAACUUUUAGUUCGAUUGUUACUGGGGUUUGUUCUCAUUUUUGUUUUUUUGUUUUUUUUCAGAGCUACUGUUGCAUUGUCUUGUUAGCAGCUGUGAGCUGUAGAUUUCUCCAAAAACUUGCAGGUAGCAAAAAAGCCAAGAAAAAGAAACCUGUACCUGCACAAACAGUAAGUAGGAUAGUGAAAAACAUCAAUAAAAAAAAUUAUUGUCAUUGUAAGUUUUUAUCAAGUUGUUAAAAAAAUAACUCAGGGUGAGUGUUCAUCUUUCAAGUAAGAAGCCUUGAUUGCCACUAAGUCAUCUAACCAUUUCAUUCGUUUCUUUGUUAUCUUCUUCUUCUUCGUUUGUUGUUGUUGUUGGUGUUGGUGUUUUGUGUUGUUGUCUUUGUUUUUGGUGGGCUGAUAACUAAAUCACUUAAAUUGAUCAAACUAAAUUCUGUGCUGAACUCAAACCUUUCUGUGUGUCCUUUAUGCCACAGGUUGGCGAAGACUCCAAAAAAAAACCGAUUAAACUUGUAAAUUAGAAAUUCAAGUUGGCACGUUAGUUGCCAGUUGGCAGCCAGCAACUCUGUAUCACGGUUUUCUUUGGCUAACAGAUAUUUCCUCACUCAGAGUCUGUUUACCAAGAGGUUUUAUGUAGCACAUGCAUGUUUAAAACACAAGUCAUUUUUCUUUAUUAGAAUGAGGAAACUGGUCCAUUCAAGGCAUUCCUAUCUACUCUCCAGUCUAACAUUUCUUCUCUUCAUGCAUCACUUGUGGAAGUGAAUGUUGCACAGUUAUCUGACGAUCUCUUGGAACUAAAUUUAGUUGAGCUCGACAAUGAGGUAAAGUUUUAUUUUACAAGCGAAGAAAAGUUGUACAGAAUUUCAAACAUUACCAGAUAUUCACAUAACAGCUUAAUGAUCAUGGCAUUUACAGUAGUUUUUGCAUUAAUCCUUUUGUUCAUUCCAUAGACCAAGUCUUCUAUUGUAUCGGAGAUUUGGGAGAAGUUACAGACCAGUUACAAGCAGUCAGUGAAGGAGAUUUCAGAACUUUUACAUCAUAAAGUCAAAUUUGCCAAAUCUCUUCAAAUAUGAAUUAUGUGGAUAUGAAACAAGUACAUGUGUAGAAUCUGGUAUUAUCACAGGUAUAAUCCACAUCCCACAAGUAAGGUAGUGCAUCUUCUUUCAGUUGCACAAGGGUCCUAACUGGACAUGCUGGUAAUCGAAGUUGGCUUUAUCCAGCAGACUGGAACCUUCAAAACUACAAAUUGAAGAUCAAACAGAGACUGUGUUUUUACAGUGGAGGUUGUUCCAAGUGGCAUCUGGUCACUUGGUCUAGUUUUUGAUGAAGAAAUAGUGUGGCCCUAACAAAUAUGUUUUGAAAGGGCAGUAAGCUUAUUGUAAGGAGUAAAAAGAGCAUAAUAGGCUUUUUGUAAUCUUCAAACUCAAAGGAGUGUUUUCGCAAAUUGAUCAUACAGAAGACAGCCCAAACAAGUAGAUUACAAAACGACCAUGAAGUAGUACAAGGGUAUGUGAGGUGGAGGCUAACAUUGUUGGUUUCAUUUUGGAGACAUUAGUUCUUUCUCACAAACAAAACUCCACUUGGAGUUUGUAAAUGUUCAGAAAACUCCAUGAGUAUCAUGUCUCUUGUGAGACUGUAACUCAAGUUAGGAAAGCAUAAAAAUCACACAUCUUCCAUACUACAUACUAUCCACGUCUAUCACAACAAAAAACACAAUGAACACACAAAUGCAGAUCAUGCUGCAGUGGUAUAACUUGAUAUAGAAUAUUAUUGUAUUUUUAAAUUUGUAAUGUAUUAACAGUAGAAAAUGUCUAGAAUGGGUUGCAAUAUUGGUAUCUGUCCAGGAAAUCAUGAGUCGUAGAAAAUUUUUAUGUUGCUAAAAAUCUCAGACAUGUUUUUUGUGGCAAGUCUCAAAAGUCUCAUGUGUUUUAUCCUUGUCUCUGAGUCUUGACCAUUUGCUGCCUCAGAUUUCUAAACCACCUUGUUAAAUUAGGUUCUUGUUUUUUGCAACAAGACUGUCAAAAGGUGACAGGGAUCCUUUUGUCACUUCAUGCAAGACCAUGAAGUGUGUUCUGUUAUGACUAUAGUAAGCUUUAGUAGUUUGUGAUGCAGCAGUUUAUAGUGGCUGACUGUGACAGUCUUUUGCAGGGAAAAGCUGUUUUUUUUUUAAAUUUAAACUUAUUCCACAAGAACUCUUUACAAACAUUAUUGACAUAAUAGUACUGAAAGAUUCAAGCAACUAUUAAAAAAGAUUUAACCAGCCAGCCAGAAACCCUUCCAAGGUGAUACUCAGAAUCAGCAUAAAAACACUUUACUUGUAGUGUUAUUCACUGCCGUACAAUCAUUUUUACUCAUAGUUUGCCAGUGUGAAUUAUUAAGGAUUACAACUACUUUUUCUAGUGCCAUUUCCGAAUAGUUGGCCACCUAUUGCAUCUCUUAACAUUAGUUCAAAAAAGCAUUUAAAUUCAGAAGAACCAAUAAUGUCAUUAAGUGUUCUGGACAUAAGUGGCUGGGUAUUCUACAUUUUAGCCUUAAGAAGUAAGCGUUAUUUAUGCUAUGAAAUUAGUCCAAGGUUUCAUGCUCUAUUUUUGUAAAUAAAAUUUUAAAAAGGUAGUGAGAAAGAGAGUAAUACAAGAAGCU